CGCGCGCGCGCUCUCGCGAGAGCCCCGCCGCGCGCAUGCGCAUACGCAGGUCCGCGCGCGGGCGGACGCGAGGGUCUGCUGCCGCAGGGCGCGCCGCCGCGCUUGCUGAGGGCGGAGAGCGGCGGACAUGGCGCCCCCCUGGAGCGGUGGGCUCCCCGCGGCAGUGCUGCUCCUGUGGCUGUGGGGCGCUGCCUGGAGCCACGGGCGGCCGAGCGACGUGCGCGUCAUCACGGACGAGACCUGGCGAGAGCUGCUGGAGGGAGAGUGGAUGAUAGAAUUUUACGCUCCAUGGUGUCCUGCUUGUCAGAAUCUUCAGCCAGAAUGGGAAAGUUUUGCCGAAUGGGGAGAAGAUCUUGAGGUUAAUGUUGCAAAAGUAGAUGUCACAGAGCAGCCAGGACUAAGUGGACGGUUUGUCAUAACUGCUCUUCCUACUAUUUAUCAUUGUAAAGAUGGUGAAUUCAGGCGCUAUCAGGGCGCAAGGACUAAGAAGGACUUCAUAAACUUUAUAAGUGAAAAAGAGUGGAAAAGUAUUGAACCCGUUUCAUCAUGGUUUGGUCCAGGUUCUAUUUUAAGCAACAUGUGUAAAGUACCUCUCUGGGUUGGACUGAAAAGGAUGAGUACUAUGUCAGCACUCUUUCAGCUGUCUAUGUGGAUCAGGACCUGCCAUAACUAUUUUAUCGAAGACCUUGGAUUACCGGUUUGGGGAUCAUAUACAGUGUUUGCUUUAGCAACUCUGCUUUCAGGACUAUUAUUAGGACUUUGCAUGAUAUUUGUGGCAGAUUGCCUUUGUCCUUCAAAAAGGCGCAGACCACAGCCAUACCCUUCCAAAAAAUCAUUACCAGAAUCUUCUCAACCUUUGAAAAAAGUGGAGGAAGAACAAGAGGCUGAUGAAGAAGAUGUUUCAGAAGGGGAAUCUGAAAGCAAAGAAGGAACAAACAAAGACUUUGCACAGAAUGCCCUAAGACAGCGUUCUGUGGGGCCUUCGUUGGCCACAGAUAAAUUCUAGUUAAUUUUUACAAAUAUUUUCAUAUGAUUUUGACAAAAACAGAAGAUUGAUCAUUUCUUUUGGUUUGAAGUGAACUGUGACUUGUUUGUACAUUGCAGGGUUCAGUCUAGAUUGUCAUUAGGUUGAGCAGUCUGCCUUCAGAAAAUAAAAGUAGCACUAUGUGAAAAAAUAGGAUUUGAGAACAGUAUGGUGGUUCCAACAAUUCUUUACUUUUUGAAAAAUCUGGUGCCAAGCAAUAAGAUUUCUGUAUGUUUGUUUCAUAAUAACCUUUUCAAGUCUGAGUUGAAAAGUUACAUUUCCCAAGUAUUGCAUUAUUGAGGUAUUUAAGGAGAUUACUUUAGAGAAAAAGAUUUCUCAUUUGAUAUAAUUUUUCUCAGUUUCACUGUGUGAAAAAAAUAACAUAUUUCCCAUAAAUGGGAACUUUGCCCAUUGUCUCAAGAAAUGUGUAUUUCAGUGACAACUCUGAGGUCCUUUUAUUUAGAGAUAAAGUCCAAAAAUUUAGUCAUAUUUUUAGAUUAUGCAACUAAUAAAAACUACCUUACUUUAGUUAUAGUUUUCUACAUAUGAUAUUACGGGAUAUGUUUAGGAAGUUUUUAUAAGCCCAUGGUGUAGUCUUGAUUCCUAUAAAGAUUGGUUGCCUUUUUAGUUCUCUGUUCAGUGUAUGAUUUGUAUUUUUCUUACCAUGGGUUACAUUUUUCAUUUUCUAAAUUGGAUAAUUUCUUGGAAAUGUUUUUCGUGUUUUAAUAAAUUUUUUCAAACUGAAGUUUACUGAGGAAUCUUUAAAAGUGAAGAGCCAUCUACUGAUAAUUUAAAAUCUUGGCUACUUGUUUCAGAUUUUACAUCAUUCUUGUUGAACCUCUACUUGAACUUUUUUUUGGGGAUGUGAAGGUGAACAUUCCUGACUUUUAUUUGAUUUUGUGGAAAAGCCUUGGUAUUUUACAUUUUGAAAAUUCACAGAAGCUUGAUUUGAUAUAAAGUUAGCAUUAUACUCAGGAAAAAGCAUCUUAUAGUGUAUGUUUUCAGUGUAUAUUUGUCCUCAUACAGAAAGUUCUUCAUUGAUUUUACAAUGUCAGUGUAUGCUUGAUGUUUUAAACUCAUAAAAGUCAUGUUUUUGAAAAGACAAACUAUUCUACUGUACUUUCUGUUGUGUGGUAUUUCACAAAUAGGUAUCAGCAAGAUGGGACAUUUAAUAUAUUUUUACUCCUUGAAGACUUAGUUUUCACUUUACAGCAGAAGAGGGAGUGGGCGGACAUGUGGGAUGGCAGUUGAGAACUGUAUUAGCUGCAAGAAGGGGAGAAACCAUAAACAUUCAGAAUGGAUCACCUCUCCAUAUGGUAAGAGACAAUUUCUGUAAUGUCCCCUUUCGUCUAGGUCCUGCUACUGUGUGAAUCCAUUAGACUUGCAGUAUCGUAAUGUACAGUAGUUUUCUUUAAAGGCCUCUCCUUUAGAAUAUUAAAUAUUCUACCAUUGAAGACUUUGGAUGUGUAAUAAUUUUGUGAUGCUUUAGAAAAAUAAGCACAAAAUAAACUUUUCUAAGCACUUCGCUGAAGCUAAAGACGUGUGAUUUCUAGUUGCAUAUUCAACUAUGCUUAGUUUGUAUUUAACAAUGUGCAAGUGAGUAGUUGUGUCACGGUGUAUGUACUUGAUAUGUGUAAUCAAAAGGCCAGAGUCAUACACAUCUUUUUCUGUUACUUGAGAUGAUAGAGAAAUGCUGCUCAUUAAUUGUCCUGUUUUUCUAGUCAUGUGGUAUGCAUAUAAUAUAUUAAGUUUUUGAGUGAUUAAAAUGUACAGUAUAUACAGAAAAUAACAAGUAGGAUGAACACGUAGAGACUUGUUAUUUCAGAAAAGGGAUGAUCUUGUAUUUCUUCAGGAUUGUCACUAUAGACAUCUGAAUAAUCAAUUUUCUGUCACACCAGAGGCUCACAGAAACUAUAUUGGGAUCAUUUUACCUUUAACAGACGCCAUUUGUUUCUACAUUGGCUUAAAGGGGCUCCACAUGGCAGUGUAGCUACAGAUCGUCUAGGAGGGAAUAAGGCGCGGUAUCAGCAUCCUAGAGAACCCUGCUCCUCCCUCUGCUCCAGGCACCAUUGGAGUCCUGAAAGCUGAUCACUCCACUAGAACAGGCAGUGAUCUACCACGUACUGCCCGAAUACUUGAGCAAGACUGACAAAGUUUUAAUGAAGAUUCCAUAGGUAACAUUUUUCAUUCAUUGAGUGUUGGAGCGGUGCUCUUUUCCUGUAAUAAUGCAUGUUGUCUGACUACAGAGUGUGAUAUCUGAGCAUUAUAUGUCAUUCCCGUGAACAGGCUCAGAGAGCUAUGGCAGAAACAGGUGCAAUUUGAAUCCACAAGAUUUCAGAUCAUGCUUUUUUUUCAGCCUGAGUACUGCAAGUUUAGCAAUUAUAUAGGAAAUUACAGUAUAAAUUUAAAAUUUUAAAAAUUUCACUUCUAUCAGAAUAUCGCAACAAAUACUGUUCAGAAAUACCAGAAUUCAGUACCUACAGUCUUCUGUUAUUGGGUACUGCACAAAGAAUCAAGCUUAUUACAGUAUAUGAUGCUUUUGAAAGCAAUUUUCUCUCUAGUCAGUUGUUCUUAUUGAGCCCAGCACAUAAAAAAGGCAUAGUACUGGGCUUGAGAUUAAACGUUUUUGAAUGAACAUUUUAACUCAUUUAAAGUUACCUAGGACAUUCUGAUUCAUUGCGAUAGUUUGUUAGAAUUCUUUCAAUAAUUUUUUCCCGCAGCUUUAUUGAGGUAUGAUUGACAGAUUACUUUUGAUGUGGGUCUUUUAUUAAUCAUAAUUGUUUGGGGUUGGCAUUUAAAUGAGUGAUCAUACUGAGUAUAAUCGUAUAAUGCUAAAAGUAAACUGUAAAUCUGCUUGCAGAUUUAGAUAGGUUGGUAUUGUAUGUCCAGCAACUUUUGCACCUGUUUUAUUUAAAGCCAUUGAAAUUAGAAAAAUAUAAAUUUAAAUUGGAACUUGGAUAAUCCGUAAGUAGUAAGACUCAGUUGCAUACUUGAACUAAACAUCUAAAAUGUU